ACAAAGCACACACACACACACUGCUAGAAGCCUGUCACAUACUGUCCUGAACAAAGAGUGGGAUGUAGUAGGGGGGCUUUAUUGGAGCUACUGGAACUAUCCUGUUUGUGAACAGACCAGCUUGUAACAGUAGGGGGCUGAUUCAGGGAUUAUUAGAGCCUAGGGGGAGAGUCUGUGUGUGGGGUACUAUACAACAGAGGGGGAACAGUGCACAGCAAAGGUAAACAAGGCCUUUAAUCAAUCAGCGGAUGUUUGAAAGCAGAGAACAGUCGAGAAAGAGCAGGAUGUGAACCGAGGUGGCCUGCACUUUGUAUAGGAGGUUAUAAGUAGAGGAGCUAACUGUGCCGGGAAUACGGAGCAGACCUCAGCUGUUGCACAGGCCCAGUCUGAUCUCAUUUGUCAGACCUCGCUGACUAUUUCUUGUUAUCGACUGCCCUCCUUGUUGCCUCUGCUUGUUCUUCCUUGCCGGAGCCAUGCAUCCCCAGCGUCCUCUUCCCCAGGCCAUGCCCUCAGCCUCCCUGGGACAGCAACUGCGAGACAUGGCCAUGGGUCUGGGACGAGGCAAGAACUUCCUCGGUGGAAACUUCGCCUACAGUUUCAUCCAGUCGGUCAAGGAGUGCCUCUAUUUCCUGCUGUGCUGCUGGUGCAUCAAAGAGAUCCUGGACUGACAGACUGAGCGAGAGAGUAGAUCAAGUGGUCAAACAUUGAUUUUCCACUUUUCUCUGUUGGCUCCUAUAGUGUAAUUUCAACCAGCUUUUAUUUCAUCAGGAAUGGAGUGUUUGAUCGGCGGUGCUGGCAAAGCUUUGGCAAGUAUGAGUCUUGUCUCAUAUGACAACAAACUAUCACUUGAGCACAUAGCGAAAUAAAAUCUAAUUUAUAUAAUGCAAUUUGAUGUUGUCUAGUAUUUAAAGGCGCAAAAUGUACACAUAAAAAAACAUAACUUAAGAUUAUUAACAGAAUGUUAACUUUUCUGACCUGAUGUCUACGUACUGUGUUGUGAAGAUAUCUACUGAAGUUAGCAUGCCAACCGGCUAGCCCGAGCAUGGAUGUAUGAGUUUGUUAAAACUGCCCAGUGGUGCUUGAAACUGAAAAAGCUCAACUUCCGUGUUGGCUCAUGGAGCGUGCACACAAAAGACUUCCACUAAUCAAGUCGGCCAACUUCUGGUUUAGCGACUGGCUAACUUAAACAGAGAUAUUGUUGAGGAGGCUUGGUGCUAGUCAGUGUAGGGGGUAACUUUUUUUUUUUAUUGUAAUGCAUUAUAAUAGUUCUGCAACUCAAGUAAUCCAUUAUUUAGUUUUUCAUAAAAGUCAUCUGUUACUGAAAAAAAACUGCUGUCUUUUCAUUUCCUUUUGUCACCACAAAAAUAAAAUAAAAUCUCCAGUGGAGAGGUAAACGUACAGUUGUGUCUGCAUGCAGGUGUAGCGAGCUAAUUCAAUGUACCGUGCUUCAAUGUGCCCAGUUAGGUGUCUGAUUGUUAUUAAAAUAAAGAGCUGUAAAUGUUAUAUUGUGUCUGUUAACAGAUUGUGAGUCGUAGAGAACUGACAGUUGAGUCAAUACAUUCAAAGGUAGAUGAGCAGUUGGCUACGCGCCGUCUGGACCAUAUAACUGGCGUGUGCAACGAGUCGCAAGGGGGUUUUCUCGUAAUCUUGUAAUGAAUUACAUUUAAAAGUAAGGUUUCCCGAGACUGGUGCUAGUGGUGUAAACACCUACAGGCCCCUGGUUAUGUGAGCUCCCAGUCUGGACUGCUGUGUGGCUAACUACACUAGCUAUUGAAUGUGUCUAUGGGACGCUCCUGUUCGGUGCCAGGGAACACACUCGCACACCUCCAGAUGCUGCACGUGUUCGCUGUGAGAGGGUCAGUCUUUCCUGAAUUAAAACCCUGCUUGUCUGAGAAGUGGAGGAAUGGCACCCCUGAUGUACACUGUACAACACAAACUGGUGUGCAAUGAAUAAAGGAAACUGAUGAACAGAAAAAUA